CCCUAUGAAUGCAAGGAGUGUGGCAAAGGUUUGAGUUCCAACACAGCCUUGACUCAGCAUCAGAGGAUCCACACGGGGGAGAAGCCCUACAAGUGCAAGGAGUGCGGCAAGGCCUUCCGCAGGAAUGCAGCCUACCUUCAGCAUCAGCGCUUACACACGGGGGAGAAAAUCUAUAAGUGCAAGGAAUGCUGGAGAGCCUUUGGUUGUAGGUCACUUUUCAUUGUCCACCAGAGAACUCAUACUGGGGAGAAGCCCUACCAGUGUAAGGAGUGUGGCAAGGCGUUCACACAGAAGGUAGCCUCCAUUCAGCACCAGAGGGUGCACACUGGAGAGAGGCCUUAUGAGUGUAAGGUGUGUGGGAAAGCCUUCAGAUGGUACAGCAGUUUUGUUCAGCAUCAGAAAUUGCACCCCGUGGAGAAAAAGCCCGUCCUGGCGAGUCCCCAGUGCCCCUCUUCAGCCUUGUCGCCGGGUCCUCUCCAGAGCCUGUGCUUGGCUCCCGCUGUGGCCACACCCUCGCUGACCUUCCCGCAGGCUGUGCUCCUUCCUACCUCUGGGCCUUUGUUCGUGCUGCUGCCCACAUCUGGAAUGCCUUCGCCACCUGUCCAAAUAGUGCAGGUCUUCCCGGGCCUUGCUCCCACUGUCAAGCCUUCCCCGGUUCAUCUCGCCUCUCGUGAGCUUUAUCUUGCCACGCCCGUGGCGCUCACGCCCAGCAAAUCUCCAACCUAAUUGGAGUUUCAUUUGUAUUUUUUUCCUCACCUGACAUGUGUUUCAGCUGUUUCAGCGCACACUGCAUUGUAAUCUAUAUAUUUAAAGAUUGUGUUUA